GUACUGUGGGGAGUAGUGUCACAUCACGUCACGUCACGUCACGUUGUGGGACGGUGGACGUGAAAAGGUCCAGCAGCUUUCUAUCAGUCACUCUCAACUUCACCCAGAGACGUUUCUGCGGCUCGGAGGACCGACCUGACGGGAGAUACGACACAGCUGACCGGCUGAGCAAGCUGCAAACUGUGGGAGGGGAUGGAGAAAGCCAAACAAGAUGCAUUCGACAACGCCAGGCUGGAAGUGAUCAAAGAUGGCUAUGAGAGAGCCUUCGAGUGCCUCAACAAAGGGCUGACGGCGGAUGAAGCCGGAGACAAGGCGAAGGCCUUGGAGCUGUACAAGCGAGGGCGGCAGCACCUCCUCAGGGCCAUCAGCGUGCCUUCGCAGGGAGAGGAGUGUGUCGGCAGCACCUGGGAAUCAGCCAGACGGAUGCAGCAGAAGAUGCAGGAGACGUUGAACAACAUCACCACGCGCCUGGCGGUGCUCGAGACCAGCCCUGACGAUGGAGGUGCACCCACACCGAGCGGCUCUGGUGGUACGGACAUGUCUGCAGAAGGUCUUCACCCAAAGAAGCCAGAGAGGCCUGCUCCAUCAAACCUGCUUUCUGCCAAUGGCCAGGCAACAGGAGCCGUAGGAGGCAUGCCAGUUGAACAGCCUCCGGUUUAUUCUCCUCAGGCGGCUGACGGCCAUCUGUCUAUCUCGUACGGGACAGAAUCAGGGGAAAUGUCGUUGGUUGGAGACGAGUUCUACAGCCGUACGUCCAACUCAACGCCAUCUCCGCAGAGCAUGGGUGAAGACGGAGAGGAGCUGCUGUACAUCCCUCACGGUGUCCAGAUAUUCUUUGUCACGCCUGAAGGGCAAGUGAGCGCUCCAUCGUACCCGGGCUACCUGCGCCUGGUGAAGUUCUCUAGUGAUCGCACUGAAAACAUGCCCGACAGACCACCGGCAUUUCUGCAGGUGUGUGACUGGCUCUACCCACUGAUGGCCGUAAACUCCCCGGUGUUGCUUUGUAACACUGGUGUGUUUAUGUUUCCGGACAUGAUGGCGCCAGCGCCCGGCUAUUAUGUGGGGGUGGUGUUAUCCUCUGAGCUGCCUGCUGCAGACAGAGUGCUGUUCCAGGACCUGCUGUCUCAGAUGACUGAUCUCAGGGUUCAGGCUCCAGAUGAAGAUGCCGAAAGCGUUAAUCUCAGUCAGAAGGUGCCCAUUGUUCCGCCUGAGGAGGCUGCACCGGCAGCGACAGAGGACGAUAAGCCACUGCCUGAGUGGAGUGAAAAGGUAGCAAGUGGGAUCCUGUCAGGUGCGUCCUGGCUAAGCUGGGGCCUGGUGAAAGGUGCUGAGUUUACAGGCAAGGCGAUUCACAAAGGGGCGUCUAAACUCCGAGAGCACAUCACUCCAGAGGACAGACCCGCCCACGUCAGCCCCACGGUUACCAAAGGUCUCCAUGUCGCCAAGCAAGCAACAGGGGGAGCUGUCAAAGUCAGCCAGUUUCUAGUGGAUGGGGUGUGUACAAUCGCUGGCUGCGUGGGUCGAGAGUUGGCUCCACAAGUGAAAAAACACGGAGGAAAGCUGAUCCCGGAGUCUAUGAGGAAAGACAAGGAUGGACGUUCCAAUAUAGAUGGAGCCAUGGUGGUGGCUGCCAGUGGAGUGCAAGGAUUUGCGACCAUGUGGACUGGUUUGGAAGUUGCAGCAAAGAAUAUCACUACGAGUGUAGCAUCAGAGACAGUCACCACCGUAAAACACAAAUUUAGGGGUCUACAAAACAUCUUUGACCCACCUAAUGAGGAGAAUUGUAAUGCUUCUUAAUUGUACAUAUCUAUUUCACUCUUUGCACCACUAAUCAUGAGCAUGAACGGAGCCUUAAUUUUGCAAUGAUUUCCCUUCUUGCACAAAGUCAUCUUUGCUAUGCCAAUUCACCGCCCUUCCCUUUGUGCAAGUUCACAUGAUGGUUUUGCUUUCAACUGAUUUUAAGCAACCUUCCUGCCCUGCCUGAUGUUCCAGUAGUGUACAGAUUGGUACUACAUUUUCCUGACCAGAAUAUCUACGUAAUAUAGUUGAUUGUUUGUAUAGGGUGUGGCAAUAUCAUGUUAUACAUUGUGAGAUUAUAACAACCAUCAGAAGAGCUUUACAGUUUCUCCCUUCAGGUGAAGUACCUUGAAUUCUCAGGUAUAUAAUUAACUGGAUUAGCCACAGGCUAUUUUCUAAUUCAAUUAUUCUUGAUUCAACUUCAAUAGACAUUUAUAUUAUGAAAAGAAAUUGUACCAUGAUAGAUUAUUAUAUACACAUUGCCCACCCUUUUUCCAAAGCAUAGUGAAAAAAAUUCCGAUUCUGGCAGUCGGAAAUUUUAAUUAAGGUUUGCACACUUGCAUGGGUGUAAUUCUCAUUAAAAUUCACAUACGGCAUGACAUCUUCACAAACCUCGCACCGCAUAUUAAUCAGUUCUCCCCAAAUCCUGUUUCUCGCCUCUUGUUCUGACGUCUCAUCCGAUCUUACCUCUGAUGAAGGUACGGGGCAGCAGCGGGACAAGCCACAGACCACGCUGUCAAUUCUGCCAUUAAUGUUGGUAUCACUGCCUUCAAUGUUGACAAUCUGGGGAUCAAAGCUGUGGUGAAACGGACUGGCAGGCAGACUGCGCAGGCCAUUU